UGCCUUGCAGUACUCGCGAUAAAUGAACUACGGUUUCAGUAACUUAUUGCGCCUUAUUUUGCUCGUGCUAUGUGUGUAAAUUAGGCCAACAAUCGAGUCGCAGUCGACUGCUGCGGAAUUCUUUCAUUUGAUAGCUGUGCCGUGUGUCAGUGCGUGAUAACCCGAGUGGCGAGUGCGUGGUGUGUGGUGAUGACGCAGUGAGGAGUACAGGCACCUCUCGUUGGAGGUAGCGCCGUGGAUGCGGAGGCAGCGGUGUAGCGCUGAGCCGGGCAUGGUGCCGGGCAGGUAGCGCGCGCGGGCGGCCUGCGCAGGCCCCACACAAGCAGCCGCGUGUGUUCCCCAGCGACGUCUAUGGCCGAGCAACACAACUCACCGUCGGCGCACUCUGCACUAUCGAGAGAGUCCAACGGGUCUUCUCCUAGCAGGGUGGUGGGCGGUCGGUGGUUGCGCCAGGUGCGUCGAGCAAGUCACAGCCGCCGGAGCAAGCGCCACGCGACGUCGCCGUUGUCGCGCUCCGCAUCGCGCCACUCGCGCGGAGAUCGCGACGCCGCGGCCGAGCCGCACGCGCGCCUCGAGCUGCGCCGGAGCUCACGCCUCGUCAGCGCACUGCCCCGAUCGGACUACUCUCUUAGUGAGCGCUGGUCGUACGGAACCGACGUCUACGAGACGCGUUGUGAGCCGCUGCAUCGUCCCGGCGACCACUCGUACUCGUACUCGCACGCUAAACGCGCCCGUACUUCCUCGCAUGACAAGAAAAAACGCAAAGGCCAUUCGGUUUCCCACACCACUGCUGACGAGUGCGUUGCCUAUUGCACACGUUCACGGACUGCUCUUAGAUCCAGUGAGAGUGUUUGUGAGCAUAUACCGAACAGUUUAAAAGCACAUUCGCUGUCGAACUAUUCCUUGAACGAGACCACGCCUUCGACGCAGUUGAAUUCGACGGAAGGUGGCUUAUUGCCGCUCGACGAGAGGGACUUUGCAUAUUCGCCGUUCAGCUCGUCGACAGUCACUGAUCUCUUAGAUUCGGAUUACUCCACAUACAGCCCCAGAGCUAGCAGAAAGAAAGGAAAGAAGAGAAAGCGUUCGGCGCAUCGAUCUCUAUCAAGUAGGAAAAGCUACUUGAUCAACUUUGAGGAGUGCAGAAAGAGACUUAAAAUAGAUCCACAGAGUAAAGACUUACCUGAUACGAGUAAAGAAACCAGUGUAGAAGGCAGGGCUUCUAGGCAGGAGUUUGACAAAGCUGACGUAAGUGCAUCACAAUCGCCCUGCUCUUACCUGCUGCGAAACAGGUCACAUCGCGACCUUGGUCCUCCCACCGCUACCGUCACUAGUGAUACAGCAAGUCCGUCAGCGACUGACGCGCUACUCGCUCAGACAGUCGCAGAUCGUCGUAGUGUCAACGAUACACGGGGUGGGACCGCUACUCCGCCGCCCUACAGGGACAUUCUAGAAGCCGGCUCAUCGAAAACACAUAGUUCGGGCAGUAAAUUACUGAUAGUACCGCGAGAUCUUCCGUACUUACGUCAAACUAACGCCAGGAGGAGUAUCGCUGCUGCAACGGGUGCGACUCUGGGUGCUUGCCUGACGAGGGGAGCUAACAGUUCUCAGCGACAGAGGCAGGACACCUCUUCAAAAAGACAGGUAUCUGGUGAAGGCGCGGGCAGCAGUGCUGCGGGCGGGCGGCGAGCGCGGGCUCGCGAUAUGCCACAGCCGCAGCCGGCCUCCACGCGUCGAGAUAAACGUGCAGGGAAAAGCAGUCUGGGUUCGUGUGCCAGCACUGGUGGUGCGUCCAGCCGGUCCCACCCCCAGCCGUUAACCACGGGUGCCGUGGCAUCUACGUCUUCCACACCGCCGGCGACGGCUUCGGCAGCUUCAAUGCCUGACAAUGCGUCUAACGAUGCUAAGUCCAAAAACAAAGCAUCGUCCUCGGCGGAGGAAUGCAGCGGCGUUGGCGGGGGUGGGAGUCUGGGCUCCGGUCCGGCGGCGGGCGCUAGCGGUGGUGCCGGGGCCACCGAAGAGUCCUCCUCUGAAGAGGGCGAAGUAGGCCGUCUGCAGGCGCUGCUGGAAGCGCGUGGAUUACCACCGCAUCUGCUUGGGGCUCUAGGGCCCCGGAUGCAGCAUCUGCUGCAUAGGACUGUUGCGGCUAAUUCAGCUGCAUCUAAAGCAGCCCAGCUUCUCGCGGGGCUGCAAGCGACCGGCGACGAGGGCCAGCAGCUGCAAGCUGUAAUUGAGAUGUGCCAACUGUUGGUAAUGGGCAACGAGGACACACUCGCCGGCUUCCCCGUACGUCAGGUCGUGCCCGCACUUGUUAACCUGCUCGCUGCGGAGCACAACUUCGACAUGAUGAACCAUGCUUGUCGUGCUCUAACGUACAUGUUGGAAGCACUCCCGCGCAGCAGCGGCGCUGUGGCGCUGGCAGUACCUGCGUUCUUGGACAAACUGCAAGCAAUCACUUGCAUGGACGUAGCCGAGCAGAGUCUCACUGCGCUUGACAUGCUCUCGCGCAGACACUCCAAGUCUAUUUUGCAGGCACGUGGUGUAUCCGCGUGUCUGACGUAUCUGGACUUUUUCUCAAUAAAUGCGCAGCGCGCCGCGCUUUCUAUCACAGCUAACUGCUGCCAGAACUUGACACCUGACGAGUUCCAUCUCGUCAGGGAUUCUCUGCAACUACUUGCUAACAGAUUGACGCAACAGGACAAAAAAUCAGUAGAAUGCGUCUGCCUGGCGUUCUCGCGACUGGUGGACAGCUUUCAGCACGACCCGGGUCGUCUCCAGGAGAUAGCUACACCGGAGCUGCUUACUAACUUGCAGCAACUUUUGGUAGUCCAGCCGCCGCUUAUCUCUGGCGGCACAUUCAUCACAGUGCUGCGUCUGCUAUGGGUGAUGUGCGCGGCAUGCCCGCAGCUUGCGUUGGCGUUGCAUCAGCGCUCCAUUGCCGACACGCUGCUCUGUCUGCUCACCGGCUCCACUGUCCACCAGGAGCAAGUAGAACUGAUUCCACGCCUGCCACAAGAGCUGUACGAGAUUACAUGUCUAAUUGGUGAGCUGAUGCCGCGUCUGCCGACGGAUGGCAUUUUCGCCGUAGACGCCCAUCUCGACCGGCCCUGGUCUGCUGCUACUGAUCGCACGCCACACUGGCAGUGGCGCGAUGACAGAGGUGUCUGGCGCUCGUACUCCUGGGCCGAGAGUCGCGCUCUGGAAGCAGGCGCAGCUGCAGGCGAGGAGGAAGUGUGCCUUACGACAUUAGGGCGCUCCUACACAGUAGAUUUGACUGCUAUGCAGCAGUUAAACGACCACACAGGCACUGCACGUCCUGUACAACGCGUCGCGCCUGCGCCACAUCCUACAGAUCAAUCUAGCUCUUCAAGUGCCGCUGCACCGGAUCCUCGCAUAGCCAUGGUCCGCAGCAACCCCUCCUUGGUGCGUGCUCUACUUGCAGUGCUGCACGAGGUGUACUGGAGUUCAGCCGGGCCGGCUGUACGCUCGCAGGCGCUCAAAGCCAUUCUGCGCUGCGUCUACUACGCCGACGCGCCACUGUUAAGACAAGUCCUCAAGAUGCAGGUGAUAUCAUCUCACAUCGCGGGCAUGAUGGCAUCGAGCGACCUACGCAUCGUUGUGGGCUCACUGCAGCUGGCCGAGAUUUUGAUGCAGCGGUUGCCCGAGGAGAUUGGUGUGCAAUUUCGCCGUGAGGGCGUACUGCAUCAAGUCGCUCAAUUGGCAGAACGACCGCCACAUCAUCAGACGCCUAAGCAGGCCAAACUGAAGUCCCCGAGCAGUACAUCAGUCCGUUCAAGCGGCGGAUCGUCACCUCCGGCUUCCACAUCUCAAACAUCGCUGGAUCACAAUCUGUCGCUGGCUUUCUCCGCCUCAGGAUCCUUUGUCACAACUAGCACUUUGCUGGGCAGUGAUGGCAGUGCUUCUGAUCCAAAUCAAGCUUCAGCUUCUACACAGGCCACAUCUACUACUGUGCAUCGGUCGGGCAGCCCGCUCCAACUAGCUGAGAUGCUAAAACGCAAGCGCGCUGUGAAACGUUCGGGAGGAGCUGGUGGCCGUCAUGCGCGCCGCCGCGAUGAUGCUGCACCACACGUGCCAUCUCCCGCCGCUGCGCCUACGCCAUCGUCCCACUCACACCACGCACAACCCUCACCGCACGCGUCGGGCGUGCCGUCGGCAGCGCGGUCAACGACUCGCAUGGGUGGCGCAUCCAAAACGUCGUCAUUCCUGUCCUCGCUAAACCCUUCCCGUUGGGGCCGCUCGCCGCACUCGCACAAAGACACUGGCCUGCUCGCCUCGCCCCACACAUCCACCAACCUCUCAGUACAGAACAAAGAGAAAGUCCGUGAGUGGAUACAAUGGACCGCAGUGCGGCUGCAACGUGAGUGGGGCGCUCUGGGUGGCGGUGCAGGCCCGUUGGAGCAGCUGGCGGCGCUGGCGGCCGCGUUGCCGCAUGCGCAAUCGCCCCACCAGCGCAACGCACUCGAGCAACUUCGCGACACCCUCGUGCAGCAUGACGUCUCGCCAUUCGAGGUGAACCACAGCGGCGUUCUAGGUGCGUUGCUAACGUUCCUCACAAAUGGGGACACUGAACCAGAGACGGAGGCACGGUCGUCAGACCGAGAUGCGGAGGGCGAAGGCCGGCACUCCGCAGAGCAGGUCGCCUCUUGCGAGGAGCGCCUUAGACUGUUCUUGCAUGUAUUUGCGGAUAUGCCGCUUGAUUCAGAUUUAAGCGAAUGGAAUGACAACGGGGGUCCGUUGGUAUUGGGCAGCAACGGCGGCGGUGCAUUAGCUUCGCUAGUGUGCAAGGUGAAUGCGUGUGUGUCGCACCUUGAGCAGUUCCCGGUGCGCGUGCACGACCUUCCUGCGCGCCCGGCAACCUCCGCGCUCAAGUUCUUCAAUACGCACCAGCUCAUGUGUGAUCUCAAACGUCAUCCGUCGUGCACCAACCUGAAACAGUGGAAGGGUGGUGUCGUGCGGAUAGACCCCUUAGCUUUAGUUCAAGCCAUUGAGAGGUACCUAGCUCAGCGCGGGUACGCGAACGUGCGACCGCGUGACGGCUCCGCGACGACGGCGCACUCCGACGAUGACGCCGCGUCCGACGACGAUGUCGAAGACUCGCUCGCCACGCCGCCACAUCACCAACCAACUGACUCUGAACACAAGCUGGAGUUCUUGGUCGGUGACACUGUGUUACCAUACAACAUGACGGUGUACCAGGCCGUGCGGCAGUUUGGUGAACAGAACGACGCCGACACGGAUACUGAGACUCCACUAGCAAAUGCGGGUAUCUGGGUGCAAACGCACACGAUCUACUACCGCGCGGUGGAGCCGACGGAGCAGCCACGCCCCGACACAGCUACCACACGUAAAGGCAAGGGACAGCCCACUAAGUUGUCGUCUAGACGAAAACCUGAUCUCUUAUGGAACGAGGGCAUAGUCCCAUCGCCCGAGUCUCCUCUUUUCGUGAUACUACGUUCGCCCUUGAUGAGCGAGGGCGAGGUGAAGGACGCGUCGUUGGCGGCACUGGGUGUGCUGCGUGCACUGCACGCGCUCAGUCGCCACUGGCACACGCUGUACCAUGCCGCUUGCCUGCCCGACCAUCGACCACUCGUGCCACAUCAGGACUUCAUUAAUGCUAAGCUCGCCGCCAAAGCCAACCGCCAGUUACAAGAUCCUCUAGUAAUCAUGACUGGUAACCUACCUCCAUGGCUCAAGAAGAUCGCUUAUGCUUGCCCCUUCAUCUUCCCGUUCGAGUGCCGGCACUUGCUGUUCUACGUUGUAUCUUUCGAUCGCGACCGCGCGCUACAGCGAUUGCUAGAGACGGGCGGUGAGCGCGGUGCAGCGGGUGGCGCCGGUGCUGGCCAGGACAGUGAACGGGUGGCACCUCGGCUGGAUAGACGCAAGCGCACUGUGCAGAGGCCUAACGUGCUGAGACAGGCUGAACAUGUUAUGCAUGAAUUCGCGCACUCCAAGGCUCUACUCGAAAUCCAAUACGAGAACGAAGUUGGCACCGGGUUGGGCCCUACAUUAGAGUUUUAUGCACUCGUCUCACAGGAGCUACAACGCGCUGACCUCGACCUUUGGCAUGGCAGCGAGAACUUUAAGCAGAAACCUACAUCAUUCGCUGGCGAGAUAGUAAAGAGCCAGCCUCCAGUCGUCUCAGAUCGGUCGUCAGACGCAGCGGCAAGACUCGCUUCCUCAGUGCGAGACGCCCUCAAUCUCGAUGAGGAACGUUCUCCAGAACCUUCAGACCUGGAGAAAGAGACUUCCAUACCGUCUCCGGCGCCUGACGCGACCUUUGUGUCGUGGCCUUGUGGGUUAUUCCCGCAGGCGAUUGGUCGCAACGCGCGCGCCUCACACUUGUCACGAGUGAAGGCAAAAUUCCGCUUCCUUGGCAAGUUUAUGGCCAAAGCUGUUAUGGAUUCUAGAUUGAUUGAUAUACCACUAUCGGUGUCGAUGUUUCGGUGGGCGGUGUGCGAGGAGCGCUGGCUAACCCUGUCUGACGUACGACAUGUGGCACCCGAACUGUGGCGCUCAUUGUGUCGCUUGCGCCGCGUCGCCGACCGCGCAACACACAUCGCGUUAGACCCCAGACACAGCGCAGACCAGAGGCAACAGCUUAUAAGUACACUGGAGCUGGACGGGUGUCCGAUCGAGGAGCUAGGGUUGGACUUCAUCCUUCCGGGAGAUGGGUGCACAGAGCUGCGGCGGGGCGGGCGCGACCUGCCCGUCACCGCGCACAACCUGCAUAGCUAUAUAGCGCUAGUCACGCACUGGCUGCUUUACGAAGGAGUCGCGAAGCAAAUGGAAGCAUUCAGAGAAGGUUUCGAAUCAGUAUUUCCGCUAAACAAUCUCAAGAUUUUCUAUCCUGAAGAGUUAGAACAAGUGUUCUGCGGCAGUCCUUCGGGUGGUCGCGAGCAACGUUGGGACGCGCGCAUGUUGGCCGAGUGCAUUCGACCCGACCACGGGUACACAGCGGAAUCGCGAGCUAUUCGCAUGCUUAUAGAUAUCUUGGCGUCGUACUCACGUGAGGAGCAACGCCUCUUCCUGCAGUUUGUAACCGGAAGCCCACGUUUACCCACAGGAGGUUUCAAGGCACUAAACCCACCGCUUACGGUGGUGCGCAAAUCUCUAGAGUCUUCUCUAGACCCCGACGAGUACCUGCCGUCGGUUAUGACGUGCGUCAACUACCUCAAGCUUCCGGACUAUUCGAGUGCCGACGUGAUGCGCGCAAAGCUACGGCUGGCGGCCUCCGAGGGCCAGCAUUCGUUCCACCUCUCGUGAAGUGUUUAUGUACCUACCGGCUCCCCUUCUCGUAUACUAUAUUGUGUGAUUGCGGUUAGUGAUAUUUAUAUUUACACGCCCGGUCCCGAAAUACCCACUGUUUACGUGCAAUCAGAGUGAUUUAUUUCAAAAAUGUGACGGACACUAAAAGUGCUGUGCAUUUUAUCAUUUCGUUUUCUCUUUGGAUUAUUUACUAUUAUAUAUAUUUAGAUUACAUAAAUAUGUUUAUAACUAUAUUUUGUGUUAAUUUAAUGUGAUAGCUUUGUAUAUUUGUUUACGGAUAGAGAGACUGCUAGCUCUCGGUACAGCGUAUGGUGUCAGUGUGCGA